AUGACACUAGCCAGCAUUUGAGCAGGCGUUCUAUCAUCUAUGUUGAGAAGUCGACCAAUGGCGACGACGAUGUCAACUGAACAGUCUGACGACAGCGUUAACGUUGAGAGUAUGAGCCGAAAACUGAAGAACACAGGGUCUGAAGACGACCUGGAAGUUGGUGCUGAGGCCAUGCCUAAAAGAGCGCACAGAUGCUCUGAAAGAAAACCAGAAAGGCCUCCAGAGCCUGUUGCACACAACGCAACAAUAUACAUGCCUGGCGAUCAGGAGGCUACAAGAACAAGUACACGCAACACACAAGCAGGAGAAUCUGAUUAUGACGUAAGAACAAUCAUUUAUCUUCGGCUUCUAUUGACAUAUGACCUGCCCUUGGGAGUUCGCAAGAUGGCUGGAGGCAAACUCCACAAUGAUCCUGGAAGUAGAAUCAUCCUUCCAGAACAGUUUAAUGUUUCCCAUGCUGCGCACCACAACAGGGUUUCCUUGAAAGACCAGGAGGUGAGUGAGCUGAAGGCUCGUGUGGCUGAUCUACAAUCAGAAAAGACACAGGAGAGUACUGAGGCAGCAGCUAAGAUCAAAGGGCUGGAGGAACGUCUGGUAGAUCAGGCGGCAAACACACGGCACAGAAUUUCCCAGAAAGAGCAGGAAAUCGCGUCACUGAAGGCUCGUGUGGCUAAACUGGAAGAUGAAAAGAAAGGAUGUGACGAGGCCAGCCCACACAUGCUCUCGCAAACUCUGCAAGCCGAAAAUGUCCUGAAUGACCCAAGGCCUAUCCAUCAGGACAUACAGAAGAUCAAAAAAGGCAAUGAUGAGAGAAUGGCUCAUCAGCAGGAAAUGGUGGCAGAAGCAGGAAGCAGAAAGUUGUGGAAUCAGGCAGAAGUGCCAGAGAAGGCAGAGAACAAAGUGCCAGAUGCUGAAGAGCAUGACGAGACAGACAUGAAUGCGGUGGAGGUGUCCCAGAUUACACUGAACGGCAUUUCUCUGCCACUGUCUGAUGCCCUCAUGAUUUUGGCGAUGGGAGAUCCCCUGCCACUAGCACCUGCUGAACAGCACAACAAAGCAAACAAGACGCCAUCUGAAGUCCCCCAGAUUCUACUGAAUGGGGAUCCUCUGACACUGCUACAUGCUGAAGAGCAGGAUGAGGCAAACAAGACCCCAGAUGAAGUCCCCCAGAUUCUACUGAAUGGGGAUCCUCUGACACUGAUAGAUACUGAAGAGCAGGACGAGGCAGACAAGACGCCAUCUGAAGUCCCCCAGAUUCUGCUAAAUGGGGUCCCUCUGACAAUGCUAGAUGAUGAAGAGCAGGACGAGGAUACACAGAAGACUAGCCUGUCCUCAGGUGAUGCAAACCUAGGAAACAACAUAAAUGCUGCACAAAAGCAGCCACACAUCCCAGAUGCGUUUGAAGGGCUUAUGUCAGAUUCCUUAUACAAGGAGCACCUUCCCUCUCACCGCAGAUCAGCUUCUCCACAGGAACAUUCAAAAGUCAUGAGACAUGAAGACAUGAGCGGAGACAUGAAGCCACAAAGUCCUGGAGCACCAUCCUCCUGGUGGAAACCAGAGAAGCCUUCCACGUACCAAGAGGUUGGAGAGCCGAGUAUGAACCUCCUGGACUUUACAGCAGCCGAUGAACCCCGUGGACUGGAAUGUCUGAUUGAGAAGAAAGCACCGCAUAAGUUUUGGUGUGAACCAGCCUUGGUGAGAGGAGGUAAGCCCAGAGGGCUGGAAAGUGUGCUGGACAAUUCAAAAGAUUCCCAGGCCGUACAGCAGAAAGCAUGGCAGAGAUGUCAGCUCACCAACACGCUUGACCUGUCGUCAACAAAUGACAUGGCCGCUGUGUCGGGCAAAAACAUGAGCCACUCCACCAUGAGCAUGCAGGUCAACACGUCUCCUGCAAAUGAGGGAGAGGACACUGUCCGAGAUGAACCUGUUGCGUUGGAGCCUUGUUUCCUGUUGGCACUGCUAACCCACAGGAUUAAGAGAGGCUACAGACUACUCAGCACUGUGCGACACUGAUGAAGCUUAAGCUACAUCAGCAGCCUGUGAAUUUUUCUUAUAAGUGUAAAUUAUUGUACAAAGUUUGAGACGACUCUGUGACUUUUAAGUCAUAUGUUGGUAUAAAGUGCAGAUGAACAUCAAUGUCACAUCACAAAAAUUGUCAUCUGAAUGUAUACAUUACAGUGCCACUUCAUCUCUACAUGUACAUACCAGAAAUGUAUCUACCAAACAAAGA